UUUUGAUGACGCCAGCGCAGGAGGAAACAACGAAACCAAACAGAGCCGGACUCAGUCCCCAGUCCAAGUCUUCAGUCAGGUUGGAAGUUCUGGAGACUAGCGGUGUCAGCGGAGACCAGAAGGAAACUAAACCACACCGAUGUUGUUUUCAUUUUAACACGCAGUCGGACGGACGGACAGAAGGACUCGUUUCAAUUCUGCUUUGUUCACUUUAGCUUCGGAUUUUUUUUUCUUUUAAAUUCUAUUUUUUCUUUUGUUAAAGUGAAAUUCUUUACUUUAAACACUUUAGGAUUCUACUGUUCUCUGUUCAUUUAGUUUGUUUAGUCUCUUUAAGUGAAACCACUAGAAUAAGCUUUAAAACUACCAGCUGACGACAGGUUGCGCAACCAGGACAAAAAAAAAAGUAUAGACGUCAUCCCCAGUUUUCCCAGUAUCACAGCCACUGGUUCUAGUCCGUCUAGCUCGAAAGUAAAAGCGUUAAGUUUGAAGGUGUUUGUUUACCCACCAACGUGUGCUGCACGGACAGAGACGUGGUCAUCGCUGACUUGACUGGGUGGUUAGUGGUUUCCUGUUGACCUGAAGUCCGGACCUGUCUGUCAUCCUCAAGUAGAGGAGUAUGGCGGUGUCUACAACCAGUUCUCAACAGUGUCUAAAACGACUGUUAGACGAACCUCAAGACAGUCUGCUGAAAUGUAAACAAGCCCGUCUUGCCCCACCCCCUCCCUCCACCAUCCUAUCACCUUGCUUUGGGCCCACAAACCCCGCUCCCAAAAUCAACCAGAGUCAACCCCCAUCCAGAGUUGGACCAUACAUCCUUUUCGAACGCUGUGAGAGGGAGGAGACCUACAGAGCUGUCCAUGCGCACACGCAGCAGCAUUACACUUGCCAGGUGCUUCCUCUAAAUGGUUAUCAGGAACAAUUGGCAGCCUAUGGCCGCAUCGGUAAACACGCCAAUAUCUGCAGUCUGCUGGAUAUGGUGAUUGGUCAAGAUAACGUGUACAUCUUCCUGCCCGAUCACCAUGGCGACAUGCAUGCGUACGUGCGCAGCAGGAAGCGUCUGGACGAGGAGGAGGCGCGGCGUCUGUUUGCUCAGAUGCUGAAUGCUGUGACACACUGUCAUCAGCACGGAGUCAUCCUGAGAGACCUGAAACUCCGGAGGUUCGUCUUCACUGACAAAUACAGGACUCAUCUUGCUCUGCUCGGACUCAAUGACUGCGUCGUCCUGCAUGGUAACCGUGACGAUGACUCUCUAACAGACAGACAUGGCUGUCCUGCUUAUGUCGGUCCUGAACUGCUGAUCAAUGGGAACAGGUCUUAUUCAGGGCUUGCUGCAGACAUCUGGAGCCUAGGUGUGUCUCUGUACACCAUGUUGAUCGGACGAUAUCCCUUUCAGGACACACAGCCAGCCGCGCUGUUCGCCAAGAUCCGCCGCGGGGCGUUUAGUCUGCCUAAUUGGCUGUCACCGCAGGCUAAGUGUCUGAUUGGCUGCAUGCUGAGGAAGUUGCCUGCAGAGAGACUGAAGGCAUCUGAACUGCAGAUGCACCCAUGGCUGACCAAUCGCCACGUUUCGCACCAUAACACACUCAAGACGCAUUUCAACCAAAACACAACACUACAGAAGAAACAAGAGGACGAUGAUCAAGUAGUGCCAACGUGGACUGAAAAACACUGACAGUCACACACAGACGCAUUUGAACUUUUACACUUGUGAGAAUCUGCACUGAUGUAAUUAAUCCUUAUGUAAAGCACUAAACCACAUUUCAAAACUAAAACAGCUCUUGAAACGUUCCACACUCAAGAACCGAAUCUCACAAAUACAGACAUCCAAGAGCAAAUAAACAGCACAGACAGUCUGAUCCUGGAUUACUUGAACCUCAGGUGCCUUUAUCUCUCUGUAGCUGUGUCUCAUUUUGCGCCCUGCCUCUUUCAGAUUUUAUGGUCUCUGAAGGCAUCCUGCUUCUGUUCAUAAAUCAUAGAGCAACAUCCCCAAUUUGUCUUUCAGAACAGCAGCUUAGUGGUACAUUUGCUCAUCUCUUAUUCAUCAGUUUGUCAGUUUAUUUGCAUUAAAGAGGUUAGGUAAAAGUCCUGUAAAUUGCUUUUCCACCACAAUAAAAAGUUUUAUUGUUCAAGAAUGCUUCCAAUAUAAGUAGAAAAUAAUGUAUUAAGCUGUAAUUGAGUAUAUCCUACUUUGUAACAGUAAGAGUCACCCUCCAUUUACUGCUGCGAUGAAACCUUUUGAAGGAAUUUGCCUGAAUGCACCAUUUGGUAAAACAUGGAAUCUGAAGGAGGUCGAGCCUCAGUUGAGACACAGUUUGUUUUUAUUUUUUUUCUUUCAGUGUUUACACUUAAUAUUCCUUGCAGUGGGUCACUGAAGGAAAGUCACCAGCAGCAAAAUCUUAAAAAGAA